GUUUUUCUAAUGCAAAGAGUACUCGGUUAAGCAAAGCAGAGCAGGUCAUUGCCUGAGUCUGCAUGUGGAGCGUAAGUCCAGGAAAAUGACAAGAGCAGUUGGAUUGUUUUAUCCUUUACUCAGCCAUCUCUUCUUGGUUUGUAUAGGCUUAUCCUGUGUACCUUCCGAGUGUAAAACAUGCAACAUCUCAGCAGAGUGUUGUCGAAAUCACCUUAACAACAACAAUCAGUGCAGUAAUGUCUUCAACGUAUCUAUCAACAGCACUAAAUCCGAACUGUCAGAAGGUGAUGAGGUCAACCUAACAUGUGUCCAUAACCUUCCUUCUCUGAAUCUGACAUUUGCGUGGUUCAAGAAUGGGGAAAAAAUUACAGAUAAAAAUGAAGCCACACUUAAUUUUACGAAGAUUCUUUCAGCUGACACUGGCGAAUACGUCUGCUCUGUGAACAGCAUAUGUGGCUCUUGCAAGUCUUUGCCACUGAAUGUCACUGUACCAAAUGAAUCUAUCAUCAUCAUGGUGAUCUGUGGUGUUGCAGCAUUAGUUCUGGUCAUUGGAAUGGGGCUGGCAAUGAAGUUCAAGCUGAACAGAGACAAUGCUAAGCACAAAGCGAGGAUGAGACAGAGGGAGCAGGCUCAGCAGAACAACGGUCCAUCAAGAUGAUUCAGAAUAACAAACAGCUUAUCUCAUUCAAAUGUAAUAAAUACUAACCUUGUUUAAUAAUUCACUGUAGUGGUAUUUGAUGUAGAAAUAAAAACUCUUCAAUCUCUGAGUCUAAGUGUGUGUCAUGAUGGGGGCUGGUUACAAGCAUACAUACGAGGCAUAUUCACAAUUUAACACUACAGCCGCGUUGGUCCGUAAAGUUAAAUAAAAGGGCCUCGAAAUGUUUUAAUCCAGACGCAGGAUAGAGAUUCUCGCACUAA